AUGCGUGGCGGUGGUCCCAAAAGGGCAUCAUGCUGCCACUGGACUAGCUGCGAGCCCAAGGCCGAGGCCGAAAGUGUGGGCGUGGUGUACCAGUCCACGCGCUCGGCCAAGCCGGCCGGGCCGGAGGACAUGGGCGCCACGGCCACCUUCCAGCAGGACACGGAGAGGGAGAGGGACGCCCAGGCCAUCUUCGAGCGCAGCCAGAAGAUCCAGGAGGAGCGGAGGGGCAAGGAAGACGACAAGAUCUACCGGGGCAUCAAUAACUAUCACAAGUACAUGCAGCCCAAAGACAUGUCGAUGGGCAACGCGUCCUCGGGCAUGGUGAGGAAGGGGCCCAUCCGCGCCCCCGAGCACCUGCGGGCCACCGUGCGCUGGGAUUACCAGCCCGACAUUUGCAAGGACUACAAAGAGACGGGCUUUUGCGGCUUUGGGGACAGUUGCAAGUUCCUCCACGACCGUUCGGACUAUAAGCACGGCUGGCAGAUAGAACGCGAGCUGCACGAGGGCCGCUACGGUGCCGCUGAGGACAGCUACGAGGUGGAGAACCCCCCGCCGGAGGAAAUCCCCUUCAAGUGCUUCAUCUGUCGCCAGACCUUCCAGAACCCGGUGGUCACCAAGUGCAGGCAUUACUUCUGCGAGAGCUGCGCGCUGCGGCAUUUCCGCACCAGCCCGCGCUGCUACGUCUGCGACAAGCAAACCUACGGGCUCUUCAAUCCGGCCAAAGACCUGAUGGCCAAACUGGGCAGGCGACGAGCUGCCCGAGACCCUGGCGCUGCCCGUUCCCUAGAAGACCCAGUUCUAGACUAG